ACCUGCCUUCAGUCUACCUCCUGUUCAGUCCCGUUUAGGUCUUGCCGUUGCUUCAGGGUGCCUGAGCCUACGGGACGUGUGCGUAGCGUUAUGGACAACGGAUAUUAAGUCAGUCCUGAGGCGCGACACGGAUGCGCUUGUUGGGAGAGAGAGCCUCGUUGCAGUCGAGGCAGUUAAAAAUCCCGAUCCCGAUGCACUCACUUUAAUACUAAAAGCGAGUAUUUUUCUCCAGGAUAUUUCCGGCUCUUAGUAUCAACCCUAUUGUCAAGAGCUUUAGGGUUUCGUCGUAAGAGCGAAAGAUGGAAAUGGAAGAUGGAGAACCCCCCCGUAUCGCACCCGCCUAUACGCCGUGCACUUUCGAAGGCGAGUCGCCUGGUCCCCGCUGCGGUCACACGCUCACCUCCGUCGCGCCGGUCGGGGAGCCUGGCAGCGCGAACUACAUCGGUCCGCGGCUUAUUCUCUUCGGCGGAGCGACGGCGCUGGAGGGAGGCGCGGGACCCGCGGCAGGAGCAGCGGCGGGAAUCCGUCUGGCUGGAGCCACGGCGGACGUGCAUUGCUUCGACGUCAACUCCAGGACAUGGAACAAGCUGUCUCCAGUAGGCGAGCCCCCGUCCCCGCGAGCAGCGCAUGCGGCGACGGCCGUGGGCACCAUGGUGGUGAUUCAGGGCGGCAUAGGGCCCGCUGGCCUGGCCACUGACGAUCUCCACGUGCUGGACUUGACACAGACUCGACCCAAGUGGCACAGAGUGGUGGUGCAGGGAGCUGGGCCCGGCCCUCGAUAUGGUCACGUCAUGGCGCUCGUGGGGCAGCGCUUCCUGCUCUCCAUCAGUGGAAACGACGGCAAGCGGCCGCUGUCAGACGUGUGGUCUCUUGACACGGCAGCCAAGCCGUACGAGUGGAAGAAGCUGGACCCCGAGGGGGAGGGCCCCCCUCCCUGCAUGUAUGCCACGGCCAGUGCGAGGCACGACGGGCUGCUGCUGCUGUGCGGCGGCAGGGACGGCAACAGCGUGACACCAAUGGCCAGUGCGAGGCAUGACGGGCUGCUGCUGCUGUGCGGCGGCAGGGACGGCAACAGCGUGCCUCUACCCGGGGCUUUUGGCUUGGCCCGGCAUCGGGAUGGGCGGUGGGAGUGGGCUGUGGCGCCUGGCGUGUCCCCCUCAGCGCGCUACCAACACGCUGCUGUGUUUGUGGGGCUGCGCCUGCACGUAUCUGGGGGGGCGUUGGGUGGUGGCAGGAUGGUUGAAGACGCCUCCAGUGUGGCAGUCCUGGACACAGCAGCAGGCGUCUGGUGUGAUCGCAAGGCGAUGGUGUCGGUUGCCCGCACGGGCCGCUACAGUGCCGAUGCGCCGGGUGGCGACGCGUCUACCGAGCUGACACGCCGCUGCCGCCACGCCGCCGCCUCCGUGGCGGAUAUUAUCUUCGUGUACGGCGGGCUGCGGGGCGGCGUGCUCUUGGACGAUCUGCUCAUAGCGGACGACACGCCGCCCGAGCAGCCCACCCUGCCACCGUCCGCGCCGGCCAAGGAGCCUGUGUCUGGUUCUGCGCGGAAGCCGCCCAUGCCGCCCAGAUCAGGGAUUCUUGGGGGGGAGGGGCGGCAGGGCGUGGCUGUGGCGUCGGCUGUUGCUGCGCCGGACGACAGAGAGGAGGAUAUUGGGGCCGAGCAUGCGAACGACCACCUGCAUGAGGUGGACGAGGAGUCGGCAGAGCAGCUAGCGCGGAUCAACAAGGAGGAGAUGGAGGUGGCGAGGCGGGCCAUGGAGCGCGGCGGCAGUGGCGACCUCACAGGGGACGAUAUGGACGACCGCCGCUAUGGCGGCACGCCGCCCCCGCCCACCGCGGCCAGCCUCGCCAGGAGUGCUCUAGAUGAUGGGCGCAGUGAGACCCCGGCGUUCAAGAAUGUUACUCUGUACCGCCGUGCGGUCGUGGUAGCGGCAGACCCUGCGGCAGCGGGCAGUCUGGGCGGGCUGGUGCGGCAGCUGUCCAUCGACCACCUGGAGAACGAGGGCCGGCGCAUCAGCUUUGGCCCCGAGGGCGGUGCUGGCCCGCCCAAGCUGCUCAACAGGCAGAUGUCCAUGCAGGGCGUGCAUAAGAAGGUCCUGCAGACGCUGCUGAAGCCGCGCGCGUGGAAGCCCCCCACGAAGAGGCAGUUCUUCCUGGACGUGCACGGGGUGGUGGAGCUGUGCGACCUGGCAGAGAACAUCUUCAAGAACGAGCCGUCCGUGCUGCAGGUGCGAGCGCCAGUGAAGAUCUUUGGUGACCUGCACGGGCAGUUUGGCGAUCUCAUGCGCCUCUUCGACGAGUACGGCUCGCCAUCCACUGCAGGCGAUAUCGCCUACAUCGACUAUCUCUUCCUGGGAGACUAUGUGGACAGAGGCGCGCACAGCCUGGAGACAAUCAUUCUGCUGCUCGCUCUCAAGAUCGAGCACCCGCGCAACGUGCAUCUGAUCCGCGGCAACCACGAGGCGGCGGACAUCAACGCGCUGUUUGGGUUCCGCAUCGAGUGCAUCGAGCGCAUGGGCGAGCAGGCGGGCAUCUGGGCGUGGCAGCGCAUAAACCAGCUCUUCAACUGGCUGCCGCUGGCAGCGCUCAUCGAGAAGAAGAUCAUCUGCAUGCACGGGGGGAUUGGGCGGUCCAUCCAGCACGUGUCGCAGAUCGAGGAGCUCCAGAGGCCCAUUAGCAUGGAGGCGGGGUCCAUGGUGCUCAUGGACCUGCUCUGGUCCGACCCCACAGAGAACGACAGCAUCGAGGGGCUCCGACCCAACGCCCGUGGACCCGGCCUCGUCACGUUCGGGCCCGACCGUGUGAUGGAGUUCUGCCAGAACAACGACCUGCAGCUCAUCAUCCGCGCGCAUGAGUGCGUCAUGGACGGCUUUGAGCGCUUCGCUGCCGGCCACCUCAUCACACUCUUCUCGGCCACCAACUACUGCGGCACUGCCAACAACGCUGGUGCCAUUCUGGUGCUCGGGAGGGACCUUGUUGUCUUCCCUAAGAUGAUCCACCCGCUGCCGCCCACCGGCAACUCUGGUAGCUCGUCGCCUGACUACCAGGACGAAUGGAUGCAGGAGCUCAACUCGCAACGGCCACCAACGCCCACACGCGGCCGCCCCCAACCAGCCAAUGACCGCAACUCACUAGCCUUCAUUUGAAUUACUCUGCUUUCCAUCACAUGAGUGGGAUGUCGAAAAAUUGGACAGUUGACACACGCUUCAUACCUGGAGAUUGUAUUCUAUUCCUCUUCGUGGACCAAAAGCACCACAUAGGUUUCCUUGGGUUGAAUUGAAUCUCAUGGAAAUUCGAUUUAGACAUGAAGUGUCUUAGUUGUUGAAGCCUUACUGUUCUGCUAUAAACAUUUUUCCCCGCCCUUUUGUCGGCGACUGGUCAGA